UCAAACUCUCAUUAAUUAACAUCAAAAGUCACCUGCCUCAGCUCCAUCCCUCUCAUGGCUUCUCUCUCGAACGGCCACGACCCAAACCCAGAUCCUGCGUCCAUCAAGAUCAAGUUCACGCAGCUCUUCAUCAACGGGCAAUUUGUUGAGUCUGUUUCAGGGAAGACGUUCGAGACGAUUGAUCCGAGAACGGGGGAUGUGAUUGCAAGGAUCGCCCAGGGCAACAACGAUGAUGUUGAUGUCGCCGUUCAAGCUGCCCGUCACGCCUUUGACUCUGGUCCCUGGCCUCGCAUGUCCGGCUCUGAGAGAGGAAGAAUAUUGAUGAAAUGGGCAGAUUUGAUAGAACAACAUGUUGAAGAACUGGCAGCAAUAGAUGCCAUGGACGCGGGAAAGCUGUACCAGUGGUGUAAGAUGGAGAUCCCUUCAGUGGUGAAUAUACUGCGUUACUAUGCUGGUGCUGCUGAUAAAAUCCAUGGAGAGGUUUUGAAGAUGUCAGGCAAUUUCCAGGCUUACACUCUGCUCGAACCCAUUGGUGUGGUGGGCCACAUCAUUCCCUGGAACUUCCCCAGUACCAUGUUCUUCAUCAAGGUUAGCCCUUCUUUGGCCGCCGGCUGCACCAUGGUCGUCAAACCCGCCGAGCAAACUCCUCUCUCUGCUCUCUUCUACGCUCAUCUUGCUAAGCUGGCUGGAAUACCGGAUGGUGUGCUUAAUGUAGUACCUGGCUUUGGGCCCGUUGCUGGUGCUGCUAUAAGCUCUCACAUGGACAUUGAUAAGGUUAGCUUUACUGGUUCCACACAAACAGGACGGGUAGUGAUGCAGGCCGCCGCUAAGAGUAAUUUGAAACAAGUUUCGCUUGAACUAGGAGGCAAAUCGCCCCUCAUUAUAUUUGAUGAUGCCGAUGUGGACAAAGCUGCAGAGCUUGCACUCAUAGGAAUCCUUUUUAACAAGGGAGAAGUCUGCGCUGCAGGCUCUCGUGUGUUUGUACAAGAGGGGAUAUAUGAGGAAUUCGAGAAGAAGUUGGUGGAGAAGGCAAAAGCUUGGGUGGUUGGAGACCCUUUUGAUCCUCAAGCUCAGCAGGGUCCUCAGGUUGACAAGAGGCAAUUUGAGAAGAUUUUAUCAUACAUAGAGCAAGGAAAGAGAGAAGGAGCCACCCUAUUGACUGGGGGUAAAGUGGCGGGCAACAAGGGAUACUACAUUGAACCUACGGUGUUCACUAAUGUUAAGGAGGACAUGGUUAUAGCACAGGAUGAAAUAUUUGGACCUGUGAUGGCACUUAUGAAGUUCAAAACGAUAGAGGAAGCCAUCAAGAGUGCGAACAAUACAAAAUAUGGGCUGGCAGCAGGCAUAGUGACGAAGAACAUAGAUAUAGCAAAUACAGUGUCAAGAACCAUCAGGGCAGGAAUCAUAUGGAUCAACUGCUACUUUGCGUUUGAGAAUGAUGUUCCUUUUGGAGGGUACAAGAUGAGCGGAUUUGGGAAGGAUUUUGGGUUGGAAGCACUUCACAAGUACCUGCAAGUUAAAUCAGUGAUCACUCCUAUUUACAACUCUCCAUGGCUCUAAGUGCCAGUAUGUAUCUUAUAGGCUAGUACCCUGUAAUGUGCCCUUCUCUAAUGUUCCUUGUAAUGUCUCAACGUCUCAAUUUCGUUUUUUAUUUAUAUUUAAAUCAUUAACUUUUACAUAAAAUAAGAGACAUUUGGAUAUCUUAAUAUCCCAAAAUGGUAAAGAUUUGUAUUUUCUAUGAUUUUUUAAAAAUAAAAGGUUAUAUUUGUGAUAUUUUUCUUUAAAAAUCAUAAAAAAUAUAAAUCUUCACCAUUUUGAGACAUCAAGAUAUCCAAAUGUCUCUUAUUUUAUGUAAAAGCCAAUGAUUAGAAAAAAUGAAAAACAAAAUUGAAACAUUAGGACAUUACAAGGGACAUUAAAAAAGGGUACAUUAAAGACCUUUAGCCCAUAUCUUAUGGGGCUUUUCAUUUACGAGGGUUCAUAGAGUUUCAUGAAUAACUCAGCAUCCUGUUGCGCCUUGUAAAUGAAAAUUUCUAUGUGCGUCUUUGUGUUCCUAAUAAGAAAGCCAUGAUGAUUAUAUCA